AUGUCUGAUCUAUCAAGAGCUACAGCUUUUGAGAUAAAACAAGUGACGGAAGGGAGCGGAUCAUUUCUCAAAGAAAAAAAACAUAAAAGGAAGGAAAAUUAUGAUUCAUGGGACAAGUCGGGGAAGUCUGGGAAGCAUUUUCCUACAGCAAUUAAUCUUGAAUGUUUACUUGAGACAAGAAAAAUGUUGAUAAUUGAACUAAAAUUAGAAGUUUCGGAUACCAAAAUUUAUGAAGUUUGA